CUUCGCCGUUACAACGCGUGGCAGCCGCUUUGCUUUUUGUAGUGCAGCUGCUCAGCGCUCGUUCGCCGCCUCGCUCGACCGCCCGCCGGUAACUCGACACCACUGCUGAGGUUUAAAGUCAGUGCAGGAUGGUUUCUUAACUGCCCUCUCCGAAAUGCUCGAGCCUCACAAGGCACCCACGGAGGCUGACAGACUGCAGAUAACAGGCUGAGAGGAGUGGCACGGGAGUCAGGGAAGACGACACGAAGAGCGCCCUUUUGCUCGCUCGCUGACAGUUAGACGAGCGAUGUCGACUUUCAGAUGAGCCAGCGCGAACUUUUCACUUUUCACAGGCUGAUGGGUGACCAUUCACGGCGACUGCGUGUGAGCAGGAGAUGAUGAAGAAUUACAACAACAGUAGCCGCCACAAAAGUGCACCUCCGAACCACAGCAGAGAUACGAAACCCCUCGGCGGCUGGCUUUCCUUGCUCUUUUUGCGCUUCUCCCUCCACGACUAUGGCUUCUGCAUGGCCACCCUGCUCUUCUUCUGUAUGGGAUCUCUUUGCUAUCAGCUGAACGGUGGACCCCCUCAAAUCCUGUUGGAAAUCAGGCGCUAUCUGGGAAACUCCACUUUUAUGGAUGACCACGGACCUCCUCUCCCUAGAGUCUUACCUUUUCCAAGCCAAGUAAUUUAUAACAGAGUUGGGAAGUGUGGUAGUCGCACUGUUGUCCUGCUGCUCAGAAUCCUUUCUGAAAGACAUCAAUUUAAUCUUGUGGCCUCGGAUGUCCAUAAUAAAACUAGGCUCACCAAGCACGAACAGGUAGACCUGAUGAAAAAUAUAAGUGACAUUCCCCAACCUUUCCUAUAUACACGGCAUGUGCACUUCCUAAACUUCUCAAGGUUUGGGAUGGACCAGCCUGUAUACAUCAAUAUAAUCAGGGAUCCAAUCAAUAGAUUUCUCUCCAACUAUUUCUUUCGUCGAUUUGGUGACUGGAGAGGUGAGCAGAACCACAUGAUUCGAACACCAGGCAUGAAGGAUGAGGAGAGAUACUUGGAUAUUAAUGUGUGCAUUCUUGAAAACUACCCUGAAUGCUCUAAUCCUCGGCUCUUUUACAUCAUUCCUUACUUCUGCGGCCAGCAUCCCAAAUGCAGGGAACCAGGUGAAUGGGCACUGGAGAGGGCAAAACAAAAUGUCAAUGAAAAUUUCCUUUUAAUUGGCAUUUUGGAAGAGCUUGAAGAUGUACUUCUUCUACUAGAACGACUUUUACCUCAUUUCUUCAUGGAUGUUGUCAAUAUUUACAAAAAUCCAGAUUACCGAAGGAUAGGCAACAUGACAGGGACUGUGAAAAAGCAGACGCCCUCACUGGAAGCUCUUCAGGCACUAUAUCAGCGCAUGAAAUAUGAAUAUGACUUUUACUACUACAUCAGGGAUCAGUUCCAUUUGCUGAAAAGAAAAAUUGGACUGAAGUCACAAGAUCACAUGCUACGCACUCAAGAAUUAAAUUUUGUAUCUCAGCCAAAACUUCAAGAACCUUUUGAUGAAGAGGAUGAAGACAAUGAUGAAAACUGGUUAGAACAGCCCUGAUCAAAUCCCUGCAAUCUGGCUGACAUACUGUAGUAUGGCAUUAACAUACAAAUUCCCACCUACCUAUGUAGGUGAAUGUUGGAAGGGACCCCUAGUUAUGGGCUCUGCUUUUAUUGGUGGAAGAAACCUGUACCCUAGUGUGGUAUGGCACACAAUAAGCAAGGGGCUGGAUAAGUGAUUAUCUAAUACUGGGAACUGGAUCUUUUGGUGGGGUUGUCAAACAGAACAUUUUAGAGGAAUUGAUUUUGGGCAGUGGUUGACCCCACUGUCUUGUUUUAACCAUAAGAUGACACUGUAUCAUCAGUUUUCUUAAAAAUCUCAUCCUCAUCUUCCUCCUUUAGGUGAAGUGCUUGCCAGCUGCUGCUUAUACUGUAAGUCUGUAAAUUAGAUGUGUGAAUGCCCCUUUGUGCUCCACAGUUGAGUCCUUCUUCAUUGCAUUAACUACAUCCAGAAAUGGUUCAUCUCAACUUGAUCAAAAUUAACUUCUGGCUAUGAAAAUGGUAAUUUUUUCAUUUACAAUUCCAACAUGACAACCAAGCAGCAUUGUGCCUUAUUUUUGUUGAUGAAGGUGCAACUGAAAAACAUGUGGAAAAUUGUGGGUUCGCU